AUUGUCUGGGGAUGGGUCCGUCUCCUUACAGGCCUGUGAGUCCCACUGUGGGCUGAGGCCAGGGCAGGAGCUACCUCAAUCAUCACCAUGUCCCCAGCACAGCCCAGCACAGGACUGGGCACAGGAAGUGUGAGUGGGAAUGAAUCAUUGCAUAGAGAGAUGCUUUUGAAAAACCACACUGAGAACUUUACAGUGAACUAGCCAUGGGUCACGGCCCACCUCUGCCACCUACUGGUAGACUUGUUUUUCCUUGAGCCUCAGUUUCCUCAUCUGUGAAAUGGGAACGGUUGCGUAUGGUGGAUACUGGAUGAGGUAGUAUGUGUUGGGUCUGCCUGGCACAGGGGGAUUGCUCAACUCGAGGCUGCCAUGAUGGCUGUUGUAAUUACUGCUGUUGUCACCAACAGUCACGCUGAGUGGAAAGAAGAAGGGGUGAAGGGAGGAGUUUUAGGAAGCCCCAAGGAGUUCCUUAGUCACCCGGGAAACUGGUUUGACCAGUGCCUGCACUUCCAACCCAGGGAGCACAGGUGGAACCUCCAGAGCCUGUGGAAAGGGGGUGCUGAGGCUGGGUCGGCCUUGGCCAUGUCACAGAGCCACCCCCGGGGUCCCCACUGAGCUGACCCACUUCAGACAGCCAGGGCUCAGCCCCUCUGCCACCUCAGUGUCCAGCAGGUGUCCCUGUGACCUCCUACAGGACGCCAAGAUGAAGAUUUCCACAAGAGCCCAGGGCUGCUACUCCAAGGACUUCCUGCUCCCAGCCUCAAUCCUGGCCCUCUGGACCCUCCAAAGCUCCCAGGCGGCCCUCCACAUCCAGAAGAUUCCAGAGCAGCCUCUAAAGGACCAGGACCUCCUCCUGUCAGUCCAGGGCAUCCCAGGCACCUUCCAGGACUUCAACUGGUACCAGGGGGAGGAGACCUCCGGCAGCACAAUGCUGUUCUCCUACAUUCCAGGGCUACAGCGGCCCCAGAGGGAUGGCAGUGCCAUGCGGCAGCGCGACAUCGUUGGUUUCGCCAACGGCUCCAUGCUGCUGCGCCGUGCCCAGCCCAGCGACAGUGGCAUCUACCAGGUGGCCGUCACCAUCAACCCCUCCUGGACCAUGAAGGCCAAGACCGAGGUCCGGGUGUCUGAACAGCAGCAGAAGCUGCUUAGUGCACACUCAUCUGUGAAUAUCGGGAUCGUGGCUGCCAUCAUCAUUGGAUCUCUUGUUGCUGGGGGCCUCGUCAUCGGCAGCCUUGCCUAUUUCCUGGUGACAAGAGGUUGCAAGGGCCAGAACCACAGAACGUCCCCUCCAGGAGGCCAGAGGUCUUUGUCAGUCCUGGUCCCAGCUGUGUCCCCAGUGCCUGCAACAAUACCCAGCCCAUGGAUGACCCAUACAGAGAAGCCAGAGCUGAGCCCAGGUUUUAACACUGGUGACAACAUCUACGAGGUGAUGCCAUCUCCAGGCCUCCUGGUGUCCCCCCUCAGUGACACAGGGCUAAUGCACUCCACCCUGCCCCCACCCCUGCCCCCACCCAUGCAGCCAGAGCUGGAGCCUGAGAACCAUCACUACCAGGACCUGCUAAAUCCCGACCCUGCCCCUUACUGCCAGCUGGUGCCAGCCCCCUGAAGGGGUCCCUGGCCAGGCCAGACCAGGAGACGACUACCUUCAGCCCUCCCCUGGGGGCCUCAGGCCUACAGAAAACAGACUGCAGACACCCAGUAGGCCAAGUGUGGGGACGGACAGCAUCGCGGCAGGUGUCCCUGGUGGGGGACAUGAGACUGUCGGCCCAGCUCUUUACUCACCCCCCGAGUGUAUGACCGCCCGCUUAAGUCUGUUCCUUCAGCCAACCUAGCCCAGAUCACGUACCUGGGAAAAGUAGGUUCUUGCAUCCUCCCGCCUCAAAGUGACCCCCCAUCUAGAUAUUUGGGGGUGAGGGAGAUGGUCUCGGGCCUGCCUCUAACCAGACCUCACAGGCACCCACUUGGCUGGGCUCUCAGCUGUCUGACCACAGUGCCCCACCCCCACCCUACCAGUCACCUCCGGGACUCCAAAAGCCCCUUCUCCCCAGGGACAAGUCAGCCAGGUCAUGCAGGCCCCAGGGGAUAAGGCACAUGGAAGGGAGGCCUGGCAUCACAGACCUGUGGCCCCAGAUGACAGCUCUGGCAAGUUUCCACAGCUGCCGGAACCUUCUUUGCUCCACCACCUCCAAACCAGUUGCCAUGGACUCAAUUCCAACUCAGGGUGACCCCACGUGUGUCAGAGUAGAACUGUGCUCCAUAGGUUUUUCAAUUACUGAUUUUUCAGGAGUAGGUUGCCAGGACUUUUUUCCAAGGUGCCUCUGGGUGGACUUGAACUUCCAACUUUUUGGCUAGCAGCUGAGUGCAUUAACCGUUUGCACCAGCCAGGGACUCUGCAGCCACUCUAGGCCCUCUGUAAAAUCAGCUUGGGGGAGAUGUCUGACCUCCCAUAACUUCACAAGGGGAAAGGAGACUCAAGAUCAACAGCCCAAGGCUGGUUUCUAUGAGGCAGAGGUCAGACAUGCCUUCUCUCUCCACCAUCUUUACCGAUUCUGACACCAACCAUCCCUCCCACGGCACUCUCUGCUUCUCUGCUGGGUUCGAUAAUUCAUUGCAAUGGCCACACAGAACUCGGAUAAUACUCACGAUUAUGGGGUUUAUUAGGGAAGGAACAGGUUACAAUUCAGGUUGAGGAACACUCAGGAUACAGUUCUUCCAUCAGGACAGCCUCUUCCCAGCCAUGCUCGCAGAUACGCCUCUCCCUGGCCCUAGGCCUCUGCCCAGAGGCACUCAGCUUUCUCUCUCUGUGGGCUGGGAAACCCACCACACCAUCUCCAGCUGUCAGGUCUUGCUGCCUUCAGUAUUAUAGCUCACUCUCUGUCUUCCUUAGUGCAGGGGUCCCGGGUCCAAAGGAUGUACUGGCUCCCGGCUGUUCAUCCUUGGUGGUGGUGGUAUCUUCUUUUCCACCUCUGGGGUGGCACAUUUCAAGCCCAAUGGGAUGGCAAAACUAACCAAUCCCCAUGGUUGGCUACAAUUACCCUAUCUGCACAGUCCUGCCCAAUCACCUGGGUGGGAGUUACAAGACCACCAGUGAGAAAGGCCACACGAAAGCAAUCCAUCACACUGCACCUUCUCAAAGCUCAGAGUCUCUCAGAAACCUGCUACCAACUUCCAGCCCUCACCCCACCCUAAAUCUCAUCAAGUCCUUACUUUAUUUGUUAAUUCAGCAAACUGAGCCGCUGCUGUGUGCCAGGUACAGUUCUAGACCCUGGCAGUGAACAAAACAGACAAAGACGUCUGCCCUCCUACAGGGACACUCCGGCAGAGGAGAGUCGGGAAACAAAAUAAAGAACUAAAAUACAUUAGCAUGUCAGAUGGUGAUAAGGGCAGUGGAGAAAACAAAGAGGGGAGGGGGGUUGGGAGUGUUGGAGAUUGAGAUUUUAAACGGGGUGGGGGCAGAAAACCCUCACUGAGAAGGCGAUAUAUAAGCAAAGACCUGAAGGAGGUGAAGGAGGGAGCCAUGUGGGGAUCUGGGAAGAGAGCAUUCCAGGCAGAGGAAACAGCAAGUACAAAGGCCCUCAGGUGCGACGCCGUGGUGUGUUCAAGGAGCAGCAAGGAGGCCGGUGAGCCCUGAGCAGAGUGGGGAAGUGGGAAAGAGUGGGAGGUGAUGUCACAGAGAUGGGGCGGGGCAGAUCUUGUGGGGCAGUGGAAGGCCCUGCAAAGACUGUUUUGGCUCUGUGGGACGAAGGGGAGACCAUGGUAGGCUAAAUAACGGCCCCCCAAAGAUGUCUGCAUCCUAAUCCUCAAGGCCUGUGAACAUGUUAUGCUACAAGGCAAAGGGAAUUAAGGCUACUAAUCAACUGGCCUUUAGCUGGGGAUAUUAUUCUGAAUUAUCCAGUGGGCCCAAUGCAAUCACAAGGGUUCCUACAAGUAAAAGAGGGAGGCAGGACCUGCCAUUACUGGCUUUGAAGAUGGAAGAGGGAGGGCCACAAGCUAAGGAAUGCGAGCAGCCUCUAGAAGCUAGAAAAGGCAAGAAAACAAAUUCUCCUGAAAAGUCUCCAGAACUAUGGCAGUCCUGCAAGACCCAUUUUAGGCUUCUGACCUCCAGAACCAUAAGAGAAUAAAUUUCUGUUGUGUUAACUCACUA